GGUCAUUUUGAGCUGCCUGUCCUUCGAGGUUCAGUCAAAGAAUACAUCCUCCCCCUCUCACAUCACCAGAGCAGACAUUACGCAGAGAGACAGCUAAUUAAUCGGCAUCAAACUUCCUCGCGCUCUCCCUCAGCAGUGAGGAUGGGAGGGGUGCCGAACAGUGGCAGCAAUAAAAAUGAACUGCUCUCCUUCUGAGCACAGACCAGCAGCAGCAGAGAGCCACCGUCAUCGCAGUGCAAGGAGACCGGAGGACGGCAAGAUCCACUUUUUUUUGUCUCGUUUUUAUGUUUUCUGAUGACGGAUGAGCCGCUCUGAGAAACCGAAGAGCCACACUGGCUAGAAGCGAUUUUUACAACUCAGACGUUGGUGGAUGGAGCUGAGCAUUCUCUGCUAAAGUCUCCAGUCCACACUCAGGAAGAAGGAACCACUAAUUGGGCUGUGCUCUGUGAUCCUGGAUCUGAAAUGGUUUUAAAGCAGCAUCCCAUGUCUUGAGGCAGUCUAACUUUGGCAUCAUGUUUUAUUUAGACUGAAUGUAGGCUCAAAGGGGUUGUGUUGAUUGGAAAAGAUAUUUUUUUUAUUUGAAGCAGUCUGGUUUUCCAUGAUUUCUUCAUUAUGCCAGGGCCAAAGCCCACUGGAUCGGUUUGCUCUCAUUUUUUUGGUUGCACUUUGAAGAGGUUCCAAAGCUUCUAGAGCUUUCUUUAUCCACUUCUAUUGGUCUUAUUGGGCCCCCAGCAGAGUUUGAUGUGGAUUACCAGCAGUUUGCUUUUUUGAAACAGCGGCGUGAUGUUCAUGUCUGUGUGGUACGCAAAGAAGAUGGGCAGCAGAUUCCUCAGUAAUGUACGGAAAGCCAAGAAGUAUCGACGUCAUAAGAUGGGAAACACUCCUCCAGUGGUGGUGAACACUGACACACUUGAUGGCUCGCCAUAUGUAAAUGGGACAGAAGGAGAAAUUGAGUAUGAGGAAAUCACAUUGGAAAGAGGCAAUUCGGGCCUGGGCUUCAGCAUAGCAGGGGGCACAGACAACCCUCACGUCGGGGACGACCCCAGUAUCUUCAUCACCAAAAUUAUACCCGGAGGAGCCGCUGCUCAGGAUGGACGGCUCAGCGUGAACGACUGCAUCCUCUUUGUGAAUGAUGUUGAUGUGAGGGAGGUGACACACAGCCAAGCUGUAGAGGCCCUGAAGGAGGCAGGUGCUAUUGUCCGCCUCUAUGUUCUCCGCAGAAAACCAGCAGCAGAAAAAGUCACCGAAAUCAAACUAAUCAAAGGGCCUAAAGGAUUAGGUUUCAGCAUCGCCGGAGGGGUGGGAAACCAGCACAUACCGGGAGAUAACAGCAUCUACGUCACCAAGAUCAUCGAAGGCGGGGCGGCUCAUAAAGACGGCCGCCUGCAGAUCGGGGACAAAAUCUUAGCGGUGAACAACGUGUGUCUGGAGGAUGUGAUGCAUGAGGACGCGGUGGGAGCUUUGAAGAACACAGCUGAGGUGGUGUACCUCAGGGUUGCCAAGCCAAACAACCUCUUUCUGACAAACUCCUACAACCCACCAGACCUCACCAGCACAUAUUCCCAUAUGGAUACUGAACUUAGCCACCCCAACUACCUUGGAUCAGAUUACCCACAAGCCCUCACCCCCACCUCGCCGAGCCGCUUUUCUCCUGUGCUGCACGGCCUGAUGGGAGAUGACGACAUACCCAGAGAGCCUCGCAGAGUCUUGAUUCACCGAGGCUCCACGGGUCUGGGCUUCAACAUUGUAGGGGGAGAGGAUGGAGAGGGCAUAUUUAUCUCCUUCAUCCUGGCAGGAGGACCAGCCGACCUCAGCGGGGAGCUUCACAAGGGCGAUCAGAUCCUUAGUGUUAACGGCGUGGAUUUGCGCAUGGCCACGCAUGAGCAGGCUGCCGCUGCUCUGAAGAACGCUGGCCAGACCGUAACCAUCAUCGCCCAGUACAGGCCCGAAGAGUACAGCCGUUUCGAAGCUAAAAUCCAUGACUUGCGGGAACAGCUGAUGAACAGCAGCAUGGGCUCUGGGACUACAACACUAAGGAGUAACCCAAAGAGAGGCUUCUACAUCAGGGCUCUUUUUGACUACGACAAGACGGCGGACUGUGGUUUUCUCAGUCAAGCCCUGGGCUUCAAGUUUGGGGACGUUCUGCAUGUGUUGGACUGCGGUGAUGAAGAAUGGUGGCAGGCCCGGAAGGUCUGCCCGCAGAAUGAGGCUGAGGAGGUUGGCUUCAUCCCCAGCAAACACAGGGUGGAAAGAAAAGAGUGGUCUCGUGUUAACACCAAAGAGAGGGACCACGGACGAGACAGUGUGGGCACUCAAGGGAGAGAUAAAACCCCACACAGUUAUGAGACAGUUACUCAAGUGGAAGUACAUUACGCAAGGCCGAUCAUCAUUCUGGGUCCGGUGAAGGACAGGAUAAAUGACGACCUGUUGUCUGAGUUCCCUGAUAAGUUCGGAUCCUGUGUCCCUCACACAACGCGGCCUAAGAGGGAUUACGAGGUGGACGGGCGAGACUACCAUUUUGUGUCCUCCAGGGAACAGAUGGAAAAGGACAUCCAGAGCCACCGGUUCAUUGAAGCCGGGCAAUACAACAGUCAUCUGUACGGCACCAGCGUGCAGAGCGUCCGCGAGGUGGCCGAGCAACAGGGAAAACACUGCAUCCUGGAUGUUUCAGCUAAUGCUGUGCGUAGACUACAAGCUGCUCAACUUCAUCCCAUUGCAAUCUUUGUCCGGCCCAAGUCACUGGAGAAUGUUUUAGAAAUCAACACUCGACUGACAGAGGAGCAGGCCAGGAAAGCAAUGGACCGAGCCCUCAAACUAGAACAGGACUUCAUUGAGUGCUUCUCAGCCGUCGUGGAAGGGGAGAGCUUUGAAGAGGUUUAUCACAAAGUAAAGACAGUGAUCGAGGAGCAAUCAGGGCCUUACAUCUGGAUCCCCACUCGGGAGAGGCUGUGAUGCUGCAACCGACCUGAACUGCCCUCGCCUCCCGACCCUCACAGCCACAGACCGCCGCCGCCGCCAUUCACCCUUCACAGCCGAGCCAGCCUCGCCUGCCUUCCCGUCCGUCCUCCAGCGAAGUCCGUGCUUAGGCGAUCGCCGCUUAACGACAUAGAGAGACUAAUGCCUGCGAAGAGCGGGAAAGCACGGGAAUCGACACCGCGAGGCAAAUAAGGAUACCAAAAAGGAGACUUUUUCUAAGAAAAAAAAAAACAACAACAACAAGGUGAACAAGCUGAUGUGUAGUUCAACUGAAAGAGAUCGGGAGAAAAGAUUUUAGUAUAAUUUUACUUUACCAUUUAGGAUCAGUUGGUAUUUAGUAUUAAAAUGAACGCUGGAUUUAAACAAUGGAUUUAAAUUGGCCAAAAUUAACUUGCGUUCAACAAAGAUCCGGUUUAAUGUUUCGGCCAUUGAAAAUCCACACACAGACGGCCACUGCAGGCAGACUUUAACUGCAUUUUGAUCCUGUAUGUGAGCUGCGGUCCAUGUUCUGUGGAUCUCAAAAGCGUAUAGAUGUGUCUGAGUAGACUUUGGAAUAAAGCAGAGGGUAGACCUCACUUCUAUGUGACGGUGAUCCCUGGGAUGGAGAUGCUAACAAAAGAGCCUUUUAGCAUCUCUGUUUUUUUAAACAACCUCUUAGUAUCUUUGGAGAGUACUUCAGAUCCUAGCGAGGCCCGCUCCCUUGACCAGGAGUCUUUUCUCAGCACUUUUUGUCAGCCUCUUCCUGGUUCUUGGUGCACACUUGAAACAACAUCUCUGUAACCAAGGCAAACAUUUCUUCUGUUGCCCAUUUUAAAUAUUGUGAGGCAGAUUUUAGAGGCGUUGCAGUUAAUUUUGUUUAAAAGCUCAUUAAGCUGAAGCAUGCAUCUUCACUGAUGGAGUUAUCAGAGAAAAACAGAGGAAAGAAAAAAAUCUCAGAAAAUAAUAGGAAAAACAAAGAACGGCUAAAAGGUGCAGUGUCUUGCAAAAAUAUUUGAACUUUCUCACGUUUUCUCAUGUUCAAACCACAUGAACAACCUUUUAUGAUUUGUGAUAGGUGAACAGAAUAUUGUCCAUAAUGGUUAAGUGGACGGAUAAGGAUUUAUGCUUUCCAAAGUUAUAAAUUUGAAAAAUCUCAUUGUGCAUUUGCAUUCAACCCCCAUGAGUCAAUUCUUGGUAGAAACUCUUUAAAAAUACAAAAGCUAAAAUGACUUUAUCUAGUCUGGAAGAGUCCAAAGCGCUUUAUGCAUCUAUUCACACAGUGAUGGGGAGGAAAGCGACUACAUUUUACUCUGUUUUGCUCAUUCAAACUGGACGGACACUGUGUGUCACGAUCAACUUUGAAGCAUUGCCAGAGAUUUCUUAUUGGGUUUAGUUCUCGCCUUUGACUGGGACAUUCAGGCACAUUAUUAUUCUUUGAUCGCAAUCGUUCCAAUUGCAGCUCCGGCUAUAUGUUUAAAGUCUUUUCUCAGAGAUGAAUCUCUGAGAGAUUCAUCUCUCAGAGAUGAAUAGAGAUGCACCGCUAUUUUCAGAUUUUUAUUCAUUAAGUAUUUUUGAAAUAAUAUAUCCCUUUCUUCCCACUUCACAAAUAUGCCCCACUUUCCGCUGGUCUAUACUGGUAAUACUCCAACAUUUGAAGUUUUGAGGUUGUUGCAUGACAAAACGUGGUAAAGCUCGAGAUAAAUAGAUCCUUUUGCAAGGCACUGUAUGUUCUUCUUCUCUGCCUCUUUAUUGCAAAGGAGGGUUUUAGCAUGUCUUAUAAAAGAAGAGGAGUAAAGAGACGAGAGGCUGGCCUUGAGCGGAAACUGAUAAUCCGACACGGUUUGGCUUCUUAUGCACACACGCCCCCGCACGCAAAACACACGUACAACCUCGCAUCCCAUCCAGCGACCCUCACACACACACACGCGGAGUUGGACCCUCAGCUGUGAACCUGGCGCACCCCUCUGCAGCUGUUCUGACCUGCUAGUCAGAAUCCAGGAUGAAUGUUAUCUCUCCAGGCACAAACAGCAGAGCUCUCGGCUUCACCUUGCUGGUCACUCUUCCAGGAGAUCCCCUUUCAACGUGCAGACAUGCGCACUGUUUCCAGUGGCCGCGGUACAAGCCAUUGCGUGUGUGUCUGCAUCCGUAAGCAUCUCUGCACAGCUGUGCGUGUGUGGAAACUCCUCUAUGUGUGUGUGUGAGGAGGAAUAGGUCUUCUUUUAUUCUCUCUUUUCCACUUUUCUCUGCUUCUUUCUCCCUCUCGAGUCCACACAAAUUAACUAUAAGUCAUGUUUAAAGACUAUAAAAAAAAAGAAAUGGCCUCUAUAUAUAAAUAUAUAUAUAAAUAUAUAUCUUUUUUAUGACAAUUUCUAACAGGACUACGUCUGUAAAGAAUAAUCAACAUUUCCAAAUAAUAUCUCAUUGAUUUCUUUGGGUAAAACAGUAUUUUGGUUGUUGGGUUUACCCCCAUAUUCUCAUUUUAUUGUUGUUGAGCAAAAAGCUACACAGAUAGAAAAAAAAAUGAACCAUUUAAAGCUGAUGUAAAGCAAACCUGACAUAAAUAUGAAAGGGUAAUAUUUGGGGGGGGGGGGGGGGGGGGUAAAAAAACAAACAAAAAAGAACUAAUUGAAAAACAUGUGCAAUGCAGCUGUGUGUCUCUGUGUGACUGAAUGUGUGUAUUUGUUGCAGGAAAGCAUCCAUUAUGUAUAAAAUAUAGAUAAUGCUAUAAGAGGAAUCCAGCCUAUGGUGGUCAUGAUGUAUAAUACAUAAAUGAGUGGCGUGAGCUUGUGGGUGCGUGCGUGAGAGGGUGAGACACACACGUGAAGAUGUAGUGCAAUACUGCUAUGAUGUUAUGCAAUGAAGACGGUUUUAUGUGUAAGAUUAACAAGAGUAUCUAUGAAGUUUGCACUGAUGGCUAUUAAACGUUGGAAAUGUCAGCAGGACAGAAACAGCGACUGAAGGAGAAACGAGACGAGACGGAGAGUUUUAAGAGCAUGUGUUUGUAUUAUAUGUUCUGAAUUAUAAGAGUGAAUAUGGAAGUAUUGAUGGAAAUAACCAUUCAUAUUUAUUGUUUUUGUUUACCUGCUUCUCUCAGCACAAAGUGGAUCUGCUUUUUAAUGAAUGGCAGUUUUGGGGGGUUUUGGUUUACAGGUGUAUGUAAAUAAAUCUGGAAAAAACAAAAGGAUUAUAAUCAAAAGUCACUUUACUUCUGUAACCAACAUAGGAAAUUCAUAUGUGGGUUCGCUGCACACAGUGAUAUGUUUCAAACUUUUAUUUCUAUUAGUCUUAUGAUUAUGGCUUGCAAAAGAUUUGACUGUUACAAACCAAUUAAUUUAUUAAUCAAUGAAGAAGAAGAAGAAAAAGCUGCUUGUUCACAGAGUACAGGCAAAAUAAUGGAAAGUUUGGUGGAAGAAACACAUGAUGACAGUGAACAGAGUCAGUUUUUACAGUCCCACCACACAGUGACCAGUCCAGGAGACGAGCUGCAGAUGCUACAUUCCUUGUGCUAAGCCUCUCCUGCACUGGAAACAAUGUCAGUGUCUGAAUAUUUGCUUUUGAUGCAGAUUUUUUAUUUUUUUGCCCAGUCUGUUAAAAGUACCAGUAUAUAAAAAAAUCAGGUUUAUAAAUUCGAAUCCUGUAGACAAUCUGUGAGCUUCCAUGCAGCAGCGUAUUGAUACGAUGCAGUUUCAUGCAAAAGAAGCCCGAAUCAAGUAUUCAGUUCAUGUACUAUACAAUAGGCCUGUCAACGAUGACAAAUUAUGCUGGACAAUAAAUUGUUCCAGAAGUCAUUGCAAUAAAUGAUAAUAUUGUUGUUUUGAGACAGUUUUUAAGUAAUACAAUAGCAAAAUGAUAAUGCAGGAACACAUUCUCAAAGAUCAUUAAACUUUAAAUUCUACUGGACAUUUAACACUGGAACUGGAAGGCAUGCUAAAUAUCCAAAAUAAAUAAAUAAAACAACAAAUAAAAUGAAUUUUGAAGUCUUUGUAAACAAAAUUGUCCUAGUUGAGACCAAAGCACCAAACUGAAGACUUUUAUCAUCCAGUGUUUCAGGUGACUAAUUGAUUUAUUGAUUAUUGUGACAGGCCUAUACAGUACAUGGAGUUACUUUUCAAUAUGUUAUCAUUCCUGGACAUAAAAUGUUCUUUUAUUAGUUUUAUGUAAUAGCUUAACUAUAACUCUGGGAAAUUGGAUUUUGCAUAUUUGUUAGCUGUAAGCCAUAGUCAUCAGAAUUAAUGAAAAAAAAAGAGAAAAAAAUCAAUGUGUUCAGAAGCCACCUAUUUAAUGAGGUUCACUUUUUUAAAUUGAAUUUCUGAAAAGACAAAAAAACACAACUUUUCGAUGAUAUUCUGGUUUAUUAAGAUGCAUCUGUUUUAUUUAUUAAGAACUGUCACUAAAGCUCCAUAUCGAGUCUGUAUAUUUUUGUACUUUUCUUUCUUUUUUUUUUUUUUCCCAGCCUCCCCCGCCCCACAUUGAGAAAGCUCUUGGGUCUUGGAUGCAAAACGCUGUAAAUACAAAUAAUGUUAGGUUUUUUUCGCGUGGCUCUCGGCGAUCACUAUCCUAAACGAGACCAAGUACGAGAACCCUCCAUGGGAGCCACGGGCCCAGUUUAACUGCAUUUACACACUCUGGGUGGGAAAAAAAACACACAUAUUUACACACACACACACACCCACACACACACACAAUCUCAGCAUGUCUACACAUGCAUUUACAUUUACUACACUGACAGAAGUGACGACUCACACUCAUUGAUUGAAUAACAUGUUUUCAGUUUCUUUCUUUGAGGGUUUUAAUGUAAUCUUAAUAUCUCUCUCUCUCUCAGCCAUCCGUAUCAUAGUGUGAUAUUCCUUAUAAAGUAUAUGAAUUUUUACAGAAAAGACUGAUUACAAAGUUACAACUGAUGCAGAAGAAUAUAUUCAAUAAUGACAUUAUGAAGCAAAAUAAAAUGUUCCAGUUCAGUGAAGCGCUUGUUGUAAAUUAGCUAUAAAAUAAUAAAAAUGGAUUUAAAAAUGCUUUCUGAA